AUGCCCAGUAUCAAUAUUCGCGUCAAAACGAUCGAAGAGUUGGCUAACGCUGUACAAAGUCUCAUGAAUCUCCAGAAACAAUUUUUCGAUAGAGAUUCGAACAUGAUUCGCCACCUUAGCUCCAUCGAAACCACCGUCCAACGUGCCACCGGACUUCUUCAAGAGACAAUCUACAACGUUGGGAUACAUAAGGAUAUCCUCCAACAAGCAGCCAUCGGUAACACUCAUGGUAUCUUCUUCGACCUCGAAUUUGAGAUAAACUGUUUCAAUCCGAGGUGGGGGAAUUUCAACGAAGUCAUGAUCGAACCAACGAAAACCACGUUGGGAGAUGUAAUCCACAGCUUGAAAGCGGUUUGUCGGAAAAUCAUCGAUAUGAACUUUGCGAUGACCCGGAUUGAGACACCGAUAUCUAUAACAAACAAAACAGAAAGCAUGCUCAAAGAAUUGUUAGAAGAAGCUGUGGCUGGGGCUAUGGCCGACUUGUCAUGCUUGGCCAUGAAUUUUGAGGAAAACGGUAUUGUUGACACCGAGGUUGCACAGAUGUUGUUGCAUCUUGACAACGCCAAAAGCUAUCUAGAAGAUAUCGAGGAUAUUUUUGCUCAGGCAGUUGUUGGGCUUGAGAAAGCAUUGAAUGCAAAUAACAGACAACGCUCUUGGGAUGUUCGCAAUGAUGCGAGGAGAGUGCUAAUAGAUGCGAGGAUAGGAUGUAGGAAUGUGAGGGGGUUGUGGAAGUUUGUUCAUAAGGAAAUGGAGAGUGGGUUGUGUGGGGAUCUGAAAGAAAUGUCGAGACAGUUUUGGGAUGUGCGUCAAACGUUACUGGAUACGUUGAUAAACACGUGUCGGGAACAAUAA